GAUCUUGGCCACUGAUGGUUGAUCAGACGGCCCAAGUUACAGCAGCAUGCUGUACAGACUGCCAAGCCAUGCACCGUGGCGUGGGCGCGUGGCUAUAUAGGAGGCGCGCACGCGGCUCUCUUUACCCUCGCGUUCGUGCUGUGCAAAAACCUCUUCCUCUGCUUUCCUCUGUUUCCUCGCUCGGCCAUGGUUGUCCUCGCCAAGGGUGAGCUCGAGCAGAUCGCCCUCCCCGCGGCGCAGCCGCCGGUGGCCGACGUGCGGUCGGUGGACCUGUCCGCGCCGGCGGGCCCCGCGCGCGAGGCCGCGGCGCGCGCGCUGGUGGCGGCGUGCGAGGAGCACGGGUUCUUCCGGGUGACGGGCCACGGCGUGCCGGCGGAGCUCGUGCGCGCCGCGGAAGCCGCGGCGUCCGGAUUCUUCGCGCGGCCGCAGGGCGAGAAGGAGGAGGAGGCCCCGACGCUCGGGUACGGCAGCAAGCGUGUCGGCGGCAACGGCGACAUCGGGUGGGUCGAGUACCUCCUGCUCGGCGUCACCCCAGCCGGCGCCGUGCCCGUCGCCUCCGCGUCCUCCUCGACAUUGCCGUGCGCCGCGGCUGCCGCCGCCGCCGCCGCCGCCUCCUCGUCGUCGUCCACGCCGGCUGGCCCUUUACGGGAUCUCCUGGACGAGUACACGGUGGCGGUGCGGCGGAUGGCGAGCGCGGUGCUGGAUCUGAUGGCGGAGGGGCUGGGCCUCGCCGGCGGCGGCGAGGUGGGGGCGCUGGCGCGGCUGGUGACGCGCGCGGACAGCGACUGCGUGCUGCGGGUGAACCACUACCCGCCGCGCCCCGCGGCGGCGGGUGCGCCCAGCCUGACGGGGUUCGGCGAGCACACCGACCCGCAGAUCAUCUCCGUGCUCCGCUCCAACGGCACCUCCGGCCUGGAGAUCGCGCUGCGGGGCGGCGCCUGGGCCUCCGUCCCGCCCGACGGGGACGCCUUCUUCGUCAACGUCGGCGACACCCUGCAGGUGCUGACGAACGGGAGGUUCAGGAGCGUGAGGCACCGGGUGGUGGUGAACAGCGAGCGGUCCAGGGUGUCGAUGAUCUUCUUCGGCGGGCCGCCGCCCGGCGAGAGGCUGGCGCCGCUGCCGCAGCUCCUCGGGGACGGCGGCCGGAGCCGGUACCGGGAAUUCACCUGGGCGGAGUUCAAGAACAGCGGGUGCAGGACUAGGCUCGCGGAGGACCGCCUCUCCCGCUUCGAGAACUAGCCAGCCACUACUAGAUCGAAUCAAGCUGCACAGCUAGGCUACCUAAGCUAGCUAGUAGGACCUUGUAUUAUGCUUCUGUAUGCCAUGCUCUGUUGCUUGUGGCCCAAGUACGUGUUGAUACAAGUGUAUGCACGUAUAUAUACGGUGCACAGGUAUAUAUACCAUCUAGUAUUAGUA